UUGGAUUCUGCCCUCCUCUACCCUAAUACUUUGACGCUCCUCCUUUCUUCUUCGCCUCCCUGGUUCUUGUGGUUGUGGCUGCCACGGGGUGUUACAGUCAUCUACCUCUGCUCGUCCUCCCAUCAACCUAGAGGUCCUGGCUGGCCCUUCAAAAACUCUCUUUAGAUGAUGGAUUCUUUUCCUUCUCGAUCGCUUUCUCCUCCUUCGCUUCUUCAUCGAAAGCGGAAGAGGACGAGCGGCGAGAGCGGUACAGAGUGCCAAACCGAGCGAGAUCGAAUCAGCAAGUUGCCGGAUCACUUGCUGGCCUGCAUCCUGGAGCGAACCGAUGUGAGGACGGCUGUGGCGACGAGCUUGCUGUCGAGGCGGUGGAGGUGCGUCUGGAAGUCGCUCGUAGACUUCAAGUUCGUUAAGGAGCCGAUCCUCGGCCGCCGGGCGGGGCCGCCGUCCUCUGCAGAGUCUCGACGAGACCCGGCAAUCAGGCGGCAUCGUGUCUUCUCGAAAUGCGUCAGCGGUUUUCUGGGGUUGAAGGAUGGCCCUCCGACGAUCAGGAAACUCUCUCUUGAAUUUUCAGCUAAGAAGAAAGAUUUAGCGAUGGUCGAUGGAUGGAUACGCUCUGCUCUCGAGAAGGGUGUGCACGAACUCAAGCUCAAGCUCGGUCCUAACCUAACCGAGGAGUAUAUUUUCCCUCCGCUGUCCUUGAACGGCGGGGAAUACUCGCUGACCAAGUUAAAACUCAGCGGGUGCUCAUUACACAACCACGCUGGUUUUAGCAUGUUUGGCUCUUUAUCGAGCCUUUCUUUAGAAGAUAUGGACAUUUCUAAAGAUGAUAUGCAAGGUGUGCUUCAGAAUUGCAGGCGUCUAAAGAGCUUAUGCCUUGCUGACUGUUCGUUUAGCGGCGCUGAUUUAAGUAUAGCCUCUCCAGAUUUGCAGCUCAAGGAGUUGGCAAUAGUCGAUUGUGAGCAAAUCCGUAUCAUAGAACUCUCUGCUCCUAGGUUGGAACGGCUGCAGUACAUGGGGCAAUACACACCAAUGCUGUUUACAUCUGUUCCUCAUCUGGAUCAUGUUUGGCUAAAGUACGCCAAUCCCGCUGGUACCAACUACAUUUUGCGAAAGCUUUCAACUGAUCUCCCACGCUCUAGAAAUCUGAAUCUAUUUUUUCAGAGUUACGUGGAUGUGAAAGUACCUUGCCUUCCUGCCUGCUUUGGCAGCCUCAAGAAUUUGACUGUCAAUGUUGAUAUAAAUUCUAAGACGGAUCUUCUUUGGAUGGCUAUACUGUUGGAGGCUGCGCCAUUCUUGGAGACCCUUCAAACAUCCAAGACAGCAGAAUCCCUGUGUAUAAGGAGGCUCUUAAAUUGUGGAGAUGGAACAAAUGUAAUGAAGGUAACUGUACCCUGACAACGUAAUGUUAUUUACAGUGAUUCAGACUCAUCAUGCAUUGGUUGCAAUUUACCAAAUUAUGCUACGUUGAGACCUGCUACCUCUAGUCAGAGACUAGAAAGAGAAAUAGAUGGUAGAGCGGGAAGGAUGGUUUCAAAUUUCUAUUUGUUUUUGUCUCACCGGUGCAGCAAGAGCCUGUGAAGGUAGCAAUUUCUCCUCAUGGAAGGGCUUCCAAACAAAAAAAAAUUUUGAAAUAGUAUGACGGCAUCCCUAUUACUGCAUGUUUGGUCCCAUUUGAUGAUUUUGUAUCUCAUGGCAUGGAUAGCAUGGGCUGUUAGCUGAAAUGAAGGUAGCCAGACCAGACCUUUGGAGAAAAAGUAUGAAAAUUACAGCCUAAAUUCGUAAAAAUCGGAAAAAAGGAACUUCUUAGUUUUAUCUCUAGGUUCAAAGUUUGGUAGUCUGGCAUGCUUCACUUGCGUCGGUAGUGGUCAUCAUCGAAGUUUUCCAUUAUAAAUAAUUUGUAGUGUCGGCAUUUUCCCCUCAUUAUAUGUGUGUUGUUUACUUCGUUAAUUUACCAUCAUUUUGAUGUUGAGCUUGCCACAUGCAAUUUUCUACGUGUAGAGCAAUCGAUAAAUUGAAGGUUUGAACUCUUGGUUUGGGUUGAAGAAUUUAAUAAAUGCUAGACAGAAGUUUAUAUUAUUUUGCUGUAGCAAGUUUUAUCCGCUUAUAAGAGCAGUAAAAAAUAAAUCUUUUAGCUGUAUUGAAACUCUGUAGGCAAUAGACAGUGUGGAAAACUUAAAACUAGAUAGUCACCAGAUGUAGUGCUUUUCCUUCAACAACAUAUAGAUUGCUAUGGAGAUUAUUACUAUUUUGAAUGUGGGGUAAUUAUGCGUGUUAUUACCAUGCUCUUCUGCACAAUUAUUACUAUUUUGAACGUGAGGUAAUUAUGCGUGUUAUUACCAUGCUCUUCUGCACAAUAUCUGGAACUAAUUUUUAAUUGAUUCAAAGAUGAAUGAGCUACAUCGGAUAUAAAUUAGUUAUGUAGGGUUCAACAUUGUGCUUUGUUUAUAACUUGCUAGCAAGUAGAAUUUCUCUUGUUAGGAACAUAGCUGUGCUAAGACGUUUCAACUGAGUUAAUAGUUUUGGCGAUUAUAGAAUAAUCUAAGGCCACCCACUUUCAGUUGUUUGAAAAACUAGAUCAUGUCACAGUGCUGCUUCUCUUAGAAGCAAGCCUAAGUAACUUAUUAAAACACAGUAGCGAAAAUUUCAACUAAGAUUUGUAAUGUAUUGAUUGAAAGUUGACGUUGAUUAGUUCAGUAAGUAUUGACCUAAGAAGAACAGUAUUUUACAGGCAGAAUUAAUUGCAUACAAUUUUAAUAGCUGUAUUCAGCUGAAUAGUGUUUUGAAGUCUAAAUCAUAGUCUCUUCUUCAGAAAUUUGAUCCAUUAAAACAUGCUUCAUUUUUGUAAAUUGGAAAUUUUGUAUGUAUAGUGACGUGUUAAAUGACAAACUCUUAUUCUGAUGUGUGCGGUUGUCAUUAUCUCUUUUCAUGAGGCAUGAACUGGUCGUGUGUAUACUUUUUAUUUGUUUUCUCAUGUCAAACUAAUUAC